GCCAUUAUUCUUAUAGAAUCGAGCGCGGGAUCGCGCGUCGCGUUCUACCGGGCGAUAUAAUUGUUUACGUCAAUUUUUUUUUUCUUAAUUAAUGACAAAAACAUCGUGCAGUUAAAAAUGAUUGGAGCACUCACGUAUCUUCUAGUCAUAGCUUUGGCGGUGCCGACAUACGAACAAAGCACCCCCGCCUCACCAUGUCCCAACGUGUUCAUGUACGAGCCGUCCGGGACCGAGCCGGGCCGGUGGUACGGAGUCGUCAACCUGUCCACAGACAGCACCCUGCACUCGUUGUGGCUCAACAUUGUGCUGGACAGCAAGGCUGAUAUACUUGGUAAUUGGGUGGGAGACGUAACAACGACCGACAACAUAGACUUCAAGGUAGAGAAUACAAAGAUGAAAAUCCACCCAGGACCCGCCGUAGCGGUGCGUUUUUUCGUCCAAUACAAUCAAUUGAAGACACCAAUCCCUCGUCUCCAAGCAAUAAGACUUAACGGGCGAGAGAUUUGCAACGCAAACAAUCCUCAACCAGCAGUCGAUAGACCAGAAACGAGCUCGUCGAGACCUUUAUCAAGGCCGGACUCAACGCUAAAUCGUCCGCAGACUGGCAGACCGGAGUCCAACCAGGAAACAAUAAGACCAGUCGCGACAAGGCCAGUCGAGAGUAGACCACAAAGGCCGUCAAUCAGACCUGAGGACACACCAAUAACCAGACCUGUGCAUGGAACCCCUUCUAACUCUGGGCCUGUGUACAUUCCAACGUCUAACCCACCAAUAGAUCAGAUCAAUGUCAACCCAUAUGGAAUUGAUAGCCGGCCACAGUCUAGCAACAGGCCAAACAACGGAUACGGCCUGACCACAUCUUCGUACGGUACCACCACGGAGAGUGAUAGCAGCGAAAUUGAUGAUUUCGAUUCCGUAAGUAAGCCAGACCCCAGCGUGUAUUUCACUGGUGGUCUACAGACCAUUAUAGUGCCGGGCGACUCGGAUGGUUCCAAGAACAACAACAACUAUAAUGGCAACAGCAACAACAGCAACAAUCGUAAACCAAGGAGUCAAUGUGGAAAGGUGACAAUAAACAAACCUAACCCUCUAAUUGUGAACGGGAAGCCGACGUUGGAGGGACAGUGGCCUUGGCAAAUAGCACUUUAUCAAACUCAGACGGUGGACAGCAAGUACAUCUGUGGCGGGACGCUGGUGACGCACCUGCACGUGAUCACGGCCGCGCAUUGCGUCACGCGCAAGGGCUCCAGCAGAGUCGUCAACAAGAACACCCUCACGGUGUACCUGGGGAAACAUAACUUGAGGACUUCUGUCAAAGGCGUUCAGAUUAGACUGGUAGAAGAAAUAAUUGUACACCCGCAAUACAACGCGUCCUCGUUCAGCCGCGACGUCGCCAUCUUGAAGCUGAUCGAGCCAGUACAGUAUACUGACUACGUGCGGCCGAUCUGCAUCUGGCCAGACAACCAAAUCGAUCUCAACAACGUUAUCGGGAAGAAGGGCUCCGUGGUAGGCUGGGGCUUCGACGAAACCGGCGUUGCAACAGAGGAACUGACACUUGUAGAAAUGCCAGUCGUCGACCAAGAAACAUGCAUCAGAUCGUACAGCGACUUCUUUGCAAGGUUCACGUCGCAGUACACCUACUGCGCCGGCUACAGAGACGGCACUUCAGUAUGCAACGGUGACAGCGGCGGUGGCAUGGUAUUCGAAAUAAACGACAGUUGGUACCUCAGAGGCCUUGUCUCGCUCUCCGUUGCCAGGCAAAAUGAAUACCGAUGCGAUCCCUCGCAUUAUGUCGUAUUCACCGACUUAGCCAAGUUCUUGCCUUGGAUACGAGAGAAUAUUAACAAUUAUUAAUCUAUUAUAUUUGAAAUAUGCAAUGCAACUUCACUGAAAUUUCAAAUAUUUAGUAUAGUCAUUUUUAUACAGAAUUAAUUUUGUGACCCUUGAUGAGAUCACAUUACAUGCUUCCAUAAAUCUUCAAAAUCAAAAUAUAUUGGUUGUAUAUUAAAUGUAUUAUUAUUAUUAUACUGAAAUUCAAAGGAACCACUUUAAAAUAUAAGUGAUAUCGUAUCGAUCUCUUUAAAGAAUAGACUCAAGAAAAUUUCACUUUGCAGCUUGUAACCGCUAAUUAAUCUGUGUUUAGGAAGUACUCUGUGCUGUCAAAUUAAAAAUUUAAGUGUGACGUUCCCUUUUGACCUUUUGUCACUGUGGCGCAUCAUGCGUAAACGUAUCUAUUAUAGUAUGUUCGCUUACAUAUAUGGUCGGCUUUGUAUCGCGCCGCCUUAGCACAUGCCGAAAUUUGUCAAAGCCGCGACAUCAAAGGUCGCCGCGUGCUUUGUACACCCGAAGGAGAAUUUAGCAUUUUAAAACAAAGCGCCGUAGUGAAAGGUUCUUUACUACCCCACUUGUUUUUAUUAGGUAUUUUAUUACAAUAACCAUAAGAAUAAAAUAGUAUUCUAUUUUAUUCAUCGAAUAGAAAACCAUUUAUUUAACAAACACAGUAAAAAUAAUAAAAUAAAAGCAAAAUAAUAAGGGGGUACGGCCACUAUCUUAGCGAACAGACUAUACAAUAAUUCUAAUGUGAUAAUUAUGUACCUACUGUCGCAUCAUAUUGCUCUCUAUUUUAUUAGUUUCAGGGCUGAUUUUUCGAUCUUCAAAGUUAUUUAUGAAAUAAGUAUAAACUGAAGGAAUGUUUUAACUUUGUUUUUUAGUUUUUAUCCUAUGAAUGGUAGUCUAAUAUGAAUUAUAUUAUGUAAUUGGUUUCUUGGUAACAUUGAGAUAUUGUACGUAAGUACAAUUAACUUCAAUGUUCGAAAACGGUCUUUUAAAAUUUGAAUGAAAUUUUUAGUUAGAUAAUGGUUUACUUUCCUUUUUUAGUAUAUCAAGAUAGAUUUUAUCUGUCAGAUUCAUUUGCUUAACGCCGGACAAUUGCUCAAUGGUCGGUCCAACAGGUACCUACAAAGUAUAAACUUAUAAAUCUGUUGAUUGAAUUAUCAGCUCUUAUGAAACUGAAUAUAAUUAUACGAUUACUUCGAUCUAUGUGAAUUAAUAUUAAUCUUUAAUGUAUAGGAAUGUUAUGUACUUCAAUUAUAAUUCUGUAUUUUAAAUGAAUUUUAAUAGGUACAUAUGUUUUGAAACGUAUUUGGGGGUAAUAACGACGGUGUUAAAUCGAUAUAUACUCUUUAAGUUAGUGCAUUAUGUAGUUAAUUUACUGUAUUAUUUUAUUGUUUACAUUUUGGCAAUUUUUUAACAUUGUAUACUUUUUAUAGUAGAUAAACUUAGCGUAAGUUCAGUAGGAGUUGCUAUGUUAAUAAAUUUACAUUCUUUAUUCUUUUUUCAAAUUGUCUAAGAUUUAUUCUUAAUUUCAAAUUCAAAUUCAAUAAAUAUCCACAAGUUAUAUUGCAAUCGAGUGAUUUCUAUCAUAGCGAAAAAAAAUUUCAAUCGAGGACGUAAUAAAAGAAGUUAUAU